AUGUUGGUACAAAAAAGUGUUCCUUAUCUCUCCCACAGUUUGGCUGUGCAUCCAGCAGCAGCAGCUCUAGCACGCACAGGACGGAGGGGCUUCCUCGAUAGGCGUAUGAUAAGCAAUAUGUCAGCUAGUUUGGGAGGUGCUCUUUUCAACGCCCCACCAACAAAGGUGACCACCCUACCCAAUGGGCUGCGUGUUGCUACUCAGCACACCUUCACGGAGUCUGCUACUGUUGGGGUUUGGAUUGACGCGGGCUCGCGAUAUGAGACGAAGGAAACCAAUGGCACGGCCCAUUUUCUAGAGCAUCUAGCUUUCAAAGGAACGCAGCGGAGAUCGAGAAUUCAGCUAGAGAGAGAAGUUGAAGAUAUUGGAGCUCAUCUGAAUGCCUAUACUUCUCGAGAACAAACAGUAUACUAUGCAAAGACACGUCGCGAGUGCGUUGGUCAAGGCCUCGACAUACUAUCGGAUAUACUUCAGCACUCCAAGCUUGAACGAAGAGCUAUUGAGGAGGAAAGAGGUGUUAUUCUGCGAGAAAUGGAAGAAGUGAAUAAGUCGCUGGAAGAGGUUAUUUAUGACCAGUUGCAUAUAGCGUGUUUUCGUGAGGACCCUCUAGGAGUUACUCUCGACGUAAUACAAGUGUGUUGGAGGAAUAUAUGUUCGCUUUCCUCAGCUGAGCUCAGGAGUUUCCUAUACAGUGUUGGAGGAAUAUAUGUUCGCUUUACACAUGUAGUUGACGAUGAGCAUAUUUUCCUACGAUGGUGUAUAUAUACGAAUUUGGGUAGAAGUGUACGGAAACCGAUGAGAAUUCCCUCAGAAUUUUUGCAUGUGACGGAUGCAUUGGGAGCAGCUGGUCACGUCGCAGUGGCGUUUGAGGGCGUACCGUGGACUAGUCCAGAUUGUAUUACAUUCAUGCUGAUGCAGCAAAUAGUGGGGGGAUAUAACUCGGCGUUCCAAGGUAGAAAUGGAGUUAAUUUUGUUGUUGAUGGUGUUGUUGGUGGUGAUAGGGUUGAUACCGCCUACGCUGUCGGCGAACUCGUCUAUACAGGCUAUUCAUUCACCGCCUUUAAUACGUGUUAUAAAGACACUGGUCUGUUUGGGUUCUAUGUGGCCAGCCCGGAGCAAGCAGUGAAUAGAGCUAUUGAUGAGCUCAUGUGUAGCAUCAACUGCCUUUCCUAUAGUGUUACGGAAGACGACUUGGAAAGGGCUAAGAAACAGCUGCUUACUACGCUCUUCAUAGGCUUGGAUGACACUACAGGUGGGUGUAUGUGUUCGAACGUCGAGCACCGGCUUGGUCAGACUAGCAUCAUUGACAUCUUCUUAUGA